AGCUUUCUCUCUCUUCGUCACUCGUCAUCAUUCCACUCCACUCCACUGCGUUGAACACCUUGUUCGGAUCGCCAUUACUAGCGUUCCCUUAUCACCCGCGAGGACACCGAAAUCUCAAAACUAAGCUCUAGUGACAAUGGCCGACCUUAAACAAUUCACCCUGGCCGAGGUGGCAAAGCACAAUACGGCGACCGACCUGUGGAUGAUCAUCGACGACAAGGUGUACGACGUCACCAAGUUCCAGGCCGAGCAUCCCGGAGGUGAGGAGGUGCUGGUUGAGGCCGCUGGAAAGGAUGCCACCACGGAGUUUGUCGACGUCGGACACAGCAGCGAUGCCAAGGAACAGAUGAAGCAGUUCGUCGUGGGAGAAAUCAUCGAGGCCGAGCGAAAAAAGAAGAAAGCUGCCUGCCAGCCAGACUGCCAACGGAUGGCCAUCAUCGCAGGAUCUGCGCUGGCCGCCGGAAUCGGACUAGUAUUAAUCUACAAGGCACUCAAGAAGUAAUCUGGGGAUCAAGCAUGCUUUUAGUGGUUUAAACACCACUUUCUAUGGUAGUAUUGUUGCAUAAGCAAGAACCAAGUCGAGCACAAUAACAUUUAAUUUAAUUGAAUUUAGUACGUUACGUAGUGACACGAAUAUUAAUAUGAUGAACAGUGCUUCACAGAAUGAACGAAAAUAUACUCUAUGA